UGUCCGCGGCUCAGUACGGAUGUGUUUUAGCGCAAAUAAGUGAUACCCGGGGGUGUGUGAGUUUGUUGGUUCGAUUCCAAGAUACAGUGACAAACGGAAAACGGACGCAGCCAGUUUGAAGGAGUGAAGGACCAGGCUUCUCCAUCGAUGCAUGCUGGGAGCGAUUUAUGAAAAGCCUCUGCAAACCGGUGGAAUAUUGUGGUUUUUCUGUGUUUUGUGUGUGUUAUGUGAAGGUUGUUCUGAUGAUUCGAUUCAAGCACCACUUGACCAGCAACGUUUCAAUGCUAUCCGUCAAAGUGAUUAAUGUUAGCGAGUGAAAAUGCCCACAAUAAAGGCACCUAAGGUGAAUUCGAUACGUGCACGUGUGGGUUUAGUUGUUUAGUGUAAAAGUGUGCAGAAUGAAGCUUUGGGGUUUGCUACAAGUCGAUCACACUUAAUGUUAAAAAAGUUAUAAAAGUGAAGACACAAUAAGCGCUCAUUAAGUGCGUAUAAAAAUCAUGCUCACCUAACAUGUAGCGUGCGAAAAUGUGUGUUAUUAAUUUUCUUCUCCUACUCCGUACUGCCUAUACAGCGGGUAGAACCGUCAUAUGGUAUGCGGUAGAGCAUACCGAACCGUUCCCUUGUGGUGCUAUAAUUUGAAAAGUUUUAUCAUCCACCGACCACUUCGCAUCCAACGGCGCCUGAGCGUUUCACGACUAGUAAAGUGUUUUUGUUUUCUUUGGCCUGCAAAGGAGGACAAAUGCCGAAAAUUCUACCACAGCGUGUGACCACAUGUGUCCACCAAAACAGGGGCUCAGUGUAACCAUCAGCUAACCACGAGAUGUAAAAGCAAUAUCAAACCGAGGGCAGAAAAACAAACGCGUAACAAUUUGCUGGUGAAAUUUAUAUUUUGUGCAGUGAACACCAGAACACAACGCGUUCAUGCUUGCAAUGAUACGACAAUUCCGGCCCGCACCAUGUACUGCACGACACGGUUCAGUACCAUCCAACGGAGGCAUGCCCUGAUGUGCGACUGGAACUGCUCGCUGAACGAUGCCCUGUGUGUGAGACCAAUCGCUUUCGGCCAACGGUUCCCCAGCAGGACGCAUGAAAGCUAUUCCAAUUUCCAACCAUUGAUAUGAUAAUACGUAUUAUCCUUCUUUUCGGUCGGGAUUAUCUACGACGCACCUGGUUGACUGGCAGCUUGAAGCACGAAUAAAGUGCGACCGAGCCAAAACGUAGAAACAAAAACCAAAAACAUUGCAAUAAAUCAUACCCAACGAAAAUCUAAAAAAAGAGUCCAAACCAUUCCUCGACAAAACCAAGCAAGCAGCAGAAGCGACAAGGCAACGCACAAGAAAAAAGGCACAACCGUCAUCCACCAUGGAAUCCGUACUGACCCGCUUCAAUCUCACGCUCGACAAUAUGACAACGCUAAGCUCCAACAUACGCCAGGGGCUUAUCGAGCAGUACAGCAACAAUCGGAAGGUGGCCGAUCCCUGGUACCAUAUCCUGAUCAUCAUGUACGGUACGCUGAUCGUGUUCGGCGCUACAGGGAACAGUCUGGUGGUGUUGGCCGUCGCCCGCAAGCCACAGAUGCGAACCGCUCGCAACAUGUUCAUCGUGAAUUUGGCCGUUUCCGAUCUACUACUGUGCCUAGUGACGAUGCCACUGACGCUGGUGGAAAUUCUCACCAAAUACUGGCCGAUGGGUCGGUUACCAUUUUUAUGCAAAUCGAUCGGCACACUACAAGCUACCAGCAUAUUCGUGUCAACCAUAUCCAUCACUGCGAUCGCAUUAGAUAGGUAUCAAGUUAUAGUUUAUCCGACUCGCGACAGUCUACAGCUGAUGGGUGCCAUCGCUAUCCUGACCGGAAUCUGGAUCAUCUCCAUAGUGCUAGCUUCGCCGAUGUUUAUCAUCCGGCAACUAAUCCACUACGACGUCAAUCUGCCCAGCCUCGGGAUCGAGUACGUGUCGUACUGCAUCGAGGAUUGGCCGAUUGCGUACGGCCGUGUGUACUAUUCGGCGUUCACUCUCUGCGUACAGUACGUGCUACCCAUUCUGAUCGUGUCGAUGGCAUACCUGCGCAUUUAUCUGAAGCUAAAGCACCGGCUAGUGGUGGGCACGGCCAGCGGGAAGCCCGGGGAAGCGAAACCCGUGCGGGAGCGGGAACGUGGCCGGCGGAUGCAACGCACCAACUAUCUGCUGAUCAGCAUUGCGCUAAUCUUUGGCGUUUCCUGGCUACCACUCAAUCUGUUCAAUCUGUUCGCUGACCUGUACGUGCACUCGAUCACGCAGGACAUUAUGGUGGCGUACGCAAUCUGUCACAUGGCUGGCAUGAGCUCGGCCUGCUCCAAUCCACUGCUGUACGGCUGGUUGAAUGACAAUUUUCGGAAAGAGUUCAACGAACUGCUCUGCCGGACGUCGGCGGGCGGCCCGGGCCACGGAUCGGGCGGCCACUCGAACGGAAGCCGAGCGAAUGGAGGAGCUGCCACGGUUGGACGAACGCGAGCUGCUCGAACUGCGACCGACGGUGGACCUGUCGACCGGACGCUGCCAGAACUAACGCAGCCGCAUCAGCAUCCCCCGAACCAUUGGGUCAAUCAAACGGAAGCACUAACAGACAACGAGGAGGAACGUCAGAAGCUAUGCGGAACGAACGAAUAUCAGGAUCAGAAGCAGUAGGCAAGCUGCUCAAGCGUUAAUGAACGCUGAAACGAAAACUGAAACGCCUAACAUUAUGCAACCCUCGUGCCUGGCUCGCUGGCCGGGAUUGCCAGCCAAUCAACGCUCCAUUCAACGGUAUACCGACUGCUGAACUACCCUAGCGCAAGUGGAGCUGAGUUUACACGGGCCGUGGCCGCAUCUGUCCAACCAUGGUUUCCUUGGAGUACAACUUGAGCCCUAAAGAUGAGUUUCGAUGCUAAUCAAUCGAGCCUUACCUUCCUUCCGGAACGCCGACACGUCGCGGCACACCUUUUUGAGAUUGAUCCCAGCGAAACGCAUCGCUUCAAGCUGAUACCAUGGCAGCGUUACCGGGCGGGUAAAUUUAGCUUCCACUUGCAGCAAGGCGCAAACAGGCCUGGUGCAGCAGAUCAUGUUAUUAAGUUAGAUGGAGAUACUUUCGUUCGGCCUGCGCACAUGAGCACUUCUGUUCGGGUUUACAUCCCUCCCCGGUACUCAUCGGUGCUAUUAGACCUUUCGUGAGAGAUGCGACUAUGCCUGUACAUAUAGCGAUAGUAAGUCGAACGUGAUAUCGAUAGUAAAUACGAGUGACAACUCCACACUCCAGUGUCAUUGCGUUGUGAAUGCGAAACACCUGUUCAGCAAAAUAGGGCUGCAGUUCGUUAAGGCUUCUUAGCCAAGCGACGAGUGACGUUGUUUGGUCAACCGUUUUUGUACAGUGUGAAUAUAUGUCAGAGACGGAACUGUAGUGCGUGUUUCUCCAUUCAUCUAGCGGAUGAAUACGGAUGGUAGGCGGGAUGAUGAAUGCAUCGUUUGAGGUAUUUUUAGGUACAAGAGCCAACAUGUAUUUUACACUCUGUUCAUCGGUUGCCAACUGAAGAAAGAUUCAAAUAUAGAUAUGUAACGGUUUCA